AUGCCUCCAAAGGGAAACCCUCGAGCCUCGGUGGCUAGGAAUUCCGGCCCCAAAUUGCAGGAAACCUAUGAUUUUAUAAUAAUCGGGGGAGGAACGGCUGGGUUGGUGGCUGCUGAAAGAUUGACCCAGUCUGGGAACCACAGCGUGCUUGUGCUCGAAGCUGGCCCGGACCCAACUAUCGCUCAGAUGUACCAAUGUCCUGGAGAGGUUGGACAUCUUCAGGGCACAGCAUUGGAGUGGAAUUUCUUGACUGAACCUAUCCCCGGCUUAGGUGGACGACAGAUUCCCUAUCGUCGUGGAAAGGGCCUCGGUGGUUGCAGCAACAUCAAUGGCUGUUUCUACGGCCGUGGCUCUAAGGCUGUUUAUGACCACUGGGAGGAACUGGGUAACCCCGGAUGGGGCUGGAAGGAUGUCUAUCCCGAAUUCAAGAGAAUAACACGGUUUAAUCCCCCCCUCAAAGAUCAGUACAACAAAGAUUUCCAGACUUGGGAUCCAGACGCAUAUGGAGACGGUGUCCUGAAUGUCGGCUACCAGGGCUACGUCGUGAAAUCAAACCCUGCAUUCAUUCAAGCGUGUACAUCCGUUGGUAUCCCAAUUGUCAAAGACCUCAAUACCGGCAAUGGCGUUGGCGUGAAGCAGGGAACUGCCGCGAUUGCGCCCCAGUAUCGCCGCUGUUCCGGCUACGACUUCUAUGACCAUGCGAGAGACCGACCGAAUCUGAAAGUCAUGCAUAAUUCGCCUGCUCAGGCCCUUCUCUUCGAUAGAAGCAGUGGAAAGCCCCGUGCCACAGGCGUCAUAUUUGCGGACAAUAUUGAAGGCGUGUUCCGGAGGGCGUCGGCCAAGAACGAGAUUAUCCUGUCCCUCGGUGCCAUCCAGUCACCGCAGCUUCUGAUGGUUUCGGGUAUUGGGCCGCGUGGAACCCUCGAGUCAAAGGGAAUUACCCCGGUAGUCGCCAACGAAAAUGUUGGAAAGCAUUUCAUGGAUCACCAUGUCUUCAGUAUCAUGGCCAAGACUACUCCUGAAGGCUCGAUGCAUCGCGAGUUUAUCAACCUUCCCGAUAUCCAAGCCUCUGAGGAAGAGUAUUAUUCCAAGGGUUCUGGUGUGUACACUGGUAUUGGAGGCGCUACGAAUGCAUUCCAGGAGUACUCGGAGGAGAAGCUCCAUUCUCUGAACGCCGACGAUGUUAUCAAAGCUGGCUAUUCCAACCGUGCCACGGUCGAGUUCUUGUUUGAAGCCAUGUUCUACCCGUUCGCCCCGACAGCAGAGCAUAUCCCGGCCCUUGACGGGUGUUAUUUCUCGAUCACGGCAUCGAGUCAAGUCCCGUUGUCGGAGGGCUAUGUGUCAAUCCGCUCUGCUGCGAUGUCCGAUUUGCCAGUCAUCAAUCCUAACUACUACGCUCAUCCAACGGAACGCACCAUAGCUAUCAAUGCUUUCCGCGAUGCCCGCAAGAUUCUCGCUAGCCAGUUCCUAGCCCCAUACACUAUUGGUCCGAACCAUGGUGAGAUUUCACCAGGCACGGCCGUGGAUACUGAUGAUGACGAUGCCAUCUUCGAAUACAUCAAAUCCGGUACCAUGUCCAACCUGCAUGCCUCGGGAACGUGUGCCAUGCUUCCGCAGAACAAGGGCGGCGUUGUCGACCCAAAGUUGAAGGUGUACGGCGUUGACGGUCUGCGCGUUGCAGAUGUUAGUAUUUUGCCGACUUUGCCUGAUACUCAUCUCUCUGGACCGGCUUAUAUGAUUGGAGGUCGCAUUGCCAGUUUCCUGCAAGAACAGUACGGGGCUUAA